UCGUUUGUUGAUGCAAGCCAAGUGUAUGGCAGUGACUUAACUCUUGCGACUAAGCUUCGUAACACUACCAACAAUCUGGGGCUAUUGGCUAUUAACCAGAAUUACACAGACAAUGGCCGGUCAUUUCUGCCAUUUAGUGGAAAUAACGGAGAUAUAUGUACCAUCACAAACAAGUCAGCUGGAAUUCCUUGCUUCUUGGCAGGAGAUUCUCGUGUGAGUGAACAGCUUGGACUUACAACGUUCCACACACUCUUUCUUCGGGAACAUAACCGCAUUGCCAUUCAGCUUAAUAAAUUAAACCCUCAUUGGUCUGGAGAGAGACUGUACCAAGAGACCCGCAAGAUCAUUGGGAGCAUGAUGCAGAAAAUAACAUAUAAAGAUUGGCUUCCUCUACUGCUGGGCAGUGAGAUGUCCCAUGUUCUGCCUACACAUACAGGUUAUAAUGAUAAUGAAGAUCCAAGAGUCUCAAAUGCAUUCACUCUUGCUUUUCGUAUGGGG